CCAGAUAAACAAAACAAUUUAUCAGAUAUCAUGCAAACUGAUGCCACUGUCUGUUUGCCCUUUUCAAGUUAAACCUUACAGCUAUUCCACACUUUUCAGGUUUCACGACAUGUAUCUCCACCUUAACAAGGUCAGGAGCCGUAGUAUAAGCCGGCUUUAUAAAUAAGACUGAAGCGCUCAACCCUACAAUAUACAGCAAAAUCAAGACAACUGGCACAGCACCUAGCGCAGCUUCCAGCACCUACUCAAGUUCUACGAAAUCAAAGCCCCACGAUGAGCAAAGACACCGAAGUGGACAUGAAAGACGUUGAGCUGAACGAGCUGGACCUGGAGAAGCAGCCCAUGACCGGCGGAGAGGUCGGGAGCAGCAAUAACUCUCCAGCCAGCACCGAGAAAAACGGCUGCGUGAAAGUGAAGGUCCCGGACGAGGGUGAUGUCAAAUUCACCGGUCUUUCGAAAGACGAGCUCAUGAAGGUCGCGGGGACUCCUGGGUGGGUUCGCACGCGUUGGGUCCUGCUGGCCCUCUUUUGGCUGGGCUGGGUGGGGAUGCUUGCCGGAGCCAUUGUUAUUAUUGUCCAGGCCCCACGGUGCAAGCCUCUCCCCAGAAUGGAGUGGUGGAAUGAGGGGCCCCUCUACCAGAUUUGGGAUGUGGAUGCUUUUGUGGGGCUGGCUGGCCUGCAAGGACUGGAGGAGAAGAUGGACAGCCUCAGUCAGCUGAAAGUGAAGGGAGUUGUGGUGGGUCCUCUGCACACUGUACAAAUGGACAAACCGGCCACGUUAGACCUUGAGGCAAUAGCGCCUGAGGUGGGAGUAGAGCAGGACCUGAAGAGCUUACUGGAGAAGGCUCACAAAAAGGGCAUCUCAGUGGUGCUGGAUCUGACCCCCAACUACAGAGGAAGCAAUCUCUGGUUCAGCAACGAAGACAUUGCCAGCACUGCUGAGAAGCUUAAGGCUGCCGUCCUACACUGGAUACAGUUUGGAGUGGAUGGCAUUCAGCUGGCUGGGAUUAAUGAUGUCAUCCACAUUGCUCCGGCUGCAUGGGCAGAACUGAGGGGCAUUGUGCAGGCCAACAGAACCGAAGGGGAGAAGAAUAGGGUGCUGAUUGGGGUGGCAGGGAGGAUCCCCGCUGCGGAUGCAUCGGCCCUGUUGGACAACAGUGGGGUGGACCUGCUGCUGCCCAGCGUGCUGCAGUUGGGCCAGCCUGGCAGUGUCUGGGCGCAGGCCAUCCAGAGCUUGUACUCCACCCACAACCAGACCAGCCUGGGCUGGAGGCUCGGCAGCCGGACCGAGGGCCACCUGGCCACACUCGUUGGGUCUAAGCUAGUCCGACUUUACCAGAUGCUUCUAUUCACCCUACCAGGAACACCAGUGUUCAACUACGGGGAUGAGAUUGGCCUGGCGAGUGAGCUCAUCACACAGUUUCCCAAGAUGGAGUGGGAUUUGCAGGAGGCUCUAGAGGAGAAGAAUGAGACAUUAAAGGCCGAAAAGGAGAGGAGGCUUUCCUUCCGCUCCUUCUUCAAGACCCUGAGUGACCUGCGGGGUAAGGAGCGCUCCCUCCUGCACGGGGACUUCCUGCCGCUCCACAACGCCACCACCUCGCUAGCCUUCCUGCGCCAGUGGGACCAGAGCCUGCGCUUCUUGGCUGCAUUCAAUUGGGGGGACGCAGCUGUCACCUUGAACCUGGCCCAGACUGGGCUUCCCACUGAGGCAACUGUGCGGCUCAGCACGGACCCAGAUGGGCCCGCAGUGGACAGUGCCGUGGAGCUGCAGCAGGUGGAGCUGGGGCCCAAGCAAGCCGUCCUGCUGCAGUUCCCCUUCACGGCCUAGCUGGCACAGCGCCCCCUCAAUAGAAGACUUUUUUUUAAGAUAGCAUUAAAAUAUGCCACGUUUCUCCAUUUUGAAGAGGUGCUGUUUGGUCUUUGGGAGAGGACCUGUUAUUUAAACAUUUUUUAAAUAUAUGGGCUUUUAUGACUGGAACAGAGAUGUCCCUAUAUACAUACAGUCCAUGCACUAAAUAUUAAUUUGAGCAGCAGUUGAAUUGAAAAUCCUCCCCCCAUCUGACUACUGUGGAAAACAUUCCAGUAAAAAGAGAAAAGCUAAUGGUGACAAGGCUGUUAACUUCCUGCUGUGGCAUUUUAUAGUUUGUAAGACAGUUUAGUUUAGGUCUUUUUUAAACCAUAGGGGAAUAUUUUGUGCUCUGUUCAAGUAGAAAUUCAGAUGUUAAAACAUCAAAGUUAGUUUUGGGAGGAGAAAUCAACUUCCUUCUCCGCUUGUACAGGGCACUGUCUUGUGAACUUGUAAACUGUAGAACCACGCUUAAGUGAUUUCUGGAAGUAAUGGUGUUUCUCAUAGAGAAGGAGAAGGAAAGGAAGGAUUUUUUCCCUUACACAUGCAGUGCUCUUCUAACCUUUUUUAACCUUAAAAAUUAAAAGCUUUUUGCAGAAAUAAAAGCCUGAAACUCAAA